AUGGAGGAGACCCGGGCCCAAACAUCCGGAUGCCCCCCCGAGCACGAGAGUCCCAGGAGAACCACCGCAGGGACAACCGCGGCCCCCACCCAGAAAAGGGCAGAGGAGGGCCCGGAGGGGGAUCAUCCGGCAGCCACAAUGCAGACGUCCCAGGGGGGCGUGGCGGCAAGCCCGCAGGUUCCGCCGGCAGCCGGCCACACCAGAGCAGACCGGCCCUGGGCCCGGCGAUCCAAGGGCCCCCCACCCCCUAGCCGGGGCCCAGCAAAGCCAGGGGGGCCAGGCCCCGCCAAGCAACCGCCGAGAUCGGGCCAGCGCUCACCCGAGCAUCCCGCCCCGGAGCGAGAAACCACCAACGCACCGGCGGCCGGGGGCAUCCUCCACCGGCAGGGCGUGGUGGGGGGGCCUGAGAUGAUGAACAUACAAAAAUGGACACAGUACCCACAAUCACACUCCCCAUUUGUACUCUAUACUCCUGGAUCCAGGCACCACUACCCCCAGAGGGGCAAUCAGCGCCAGACCCCGGAGCUGAACCCUCUUCACUCUGGCGUGGAGACAGGAAGACCACCCCGGUACCCCGCAGCAGCAGAGAAGACCACCAGCCCAGACCCCGACCGGAUGGCCAGCUCGUCCUCACAGCCCCCAGCCCCGGACAAAGAACAGAGAACAGGGGUGGCCACAAGGAGACAGAGGAGUACCACCUCCCCUGCAUCCCAGCAACACACCCGCACCCCAAAACCCUACCUGUAUGUUGGUGUGAUGGAGCGGGAGAAGGGAAGCAUUAGGGAUGGGGAGGAAAUCAUUGGAGGGGGCAAAGUACCCCCCCUGGAGCCAGCUCCCCCGCUGACCCCCAUAGGCACCCCCGUUGCCCCAAAUCUGCCCAGGGCAGGGGGCCCAGGCCCAUCCAGACCGGGGCCCAGGCCCAUCCAGACCGGGGCCCAGGCCCAUCCAGACCGGGGCCCACGGCAGCCCGGGGCGGCCCACCGGACCCCACAGCAGAGGAAAACUACCCCCACCCCAUCAUUCAGUCAACUCCCAGACUACAGAAGACAAUAG